AUGCAUGUUGAACAAGGACACUUUCAAGAGGGGGAACACAAACCUUUGGAGAUCUCGAUUGCGCUUUGUGAUAGGAAUAUUGAAGCCGAGGACGAUGAAAUCGAGAACUCUGAGGAUGAAGACGGAGACGGAGAAGAUUGGGGGAUUGAGUCCGAGGACGACGGAGUUCAAGAGAACUCUGAGGAUGAAGACGGAGACGGAGAAGAUUGGGGGAUUGAAUCCGAGGACGACGGAGUUGAAGAGAACCCUGAGGUUGUUGAACCCACUACGGAGUCGGCAGCUGCGUGGCUGACCAGUCCGCCAAAGGACCAAAGCAGUCUCAGAAAAGCUGCUCGGCCUGAAUGCCUACACAGCAUCGGCCUUAAGUGCCCAGGGCCGGGAAGGGUCCUUGACGGACUAGUGCUUGGUACGCAGGUGUGCCCAAACAGCGAGAUAAUCUCGCUCGAGACAGGCGUUCUUUGGAAAAGGAAUGAGCGUUCGGGGCAGCGUAUUGGGCUCAGCUGCCGCUGCGCACCCUGCAAUGCGCGGUACAACUUCAACAAUUUUCUAAUGUCUCGUGUUCUGGAAGCAGAUGCUGGUCAGACAACGUGCAGCAAUAAGAGCUGCUUCAAAUCUGUGUGGGAGGGCACAAAAUUUUGCCACGACCACUUUCUUAAGUGGACGCCAGACCUCCUCGGCGAGGACAAAACUGCAAGGACCGAGCUUCUGAGUUUGUUCGAGAAAGCGACCUCCAAGCAGUGGCACCCCAAGACAGAUUUCAUGGCCAAAAUCAUCAAGGGGAUGGAAUCAAACGGCAAUAUCCCGGCUUCCGAGGUAGUGAAUAUCGACCUGGAAUUUGGUGUGCGUUCCCGGGAGGUGCUCCAAAUUGGCCUCGCUGAUCUCCAAGGGAAGGGAGUACUCGAUUGUCUCACUAGAUAUAGUGAGGGAAUCAUCGCGCCUUCUUCAUCGCGCCUCCCUACACCGGCAAGUUGGCCGCUAAUGAACCAUGAAAGGAACGUCAGACGCCUUUCAACCCAAAAUGGGUCCCUUAAUGCAAAGGAGAUCGUCAGAAAACUCCAAGAAAUCGGGAUUUCCAACAAAACCAUUUUCCUGUCUUGGGCGGAUUGGGGCUUCGACCUGUCUUAUUUGAGAGACUGGCUGCAGGAAGAAGGCUUUCACGAUGUUCUCCCCGGGGAUGAGAAUCUCUGUUUGCUUCUCCAAGAGUUCCGUGAUAACGUGAAGAGGGUGCUUGGUCCCACCUGCUUCCGAGGCGGGCGCUUUCCCUUAUCCUUAUCUGCGGUGUUUCUGCUGCUUUUUGGAGAAAACCAUCCUCUCUCGGGGCGCAACCACCAUGCACUGGUGGACGCCCAGCAAUUAGCGCUGAUAGCGCAGGUAUUCAACGACCUUUGUAAACCCCCCCACGAGCGGGUUUACUGGCGAAGCUCGUUAAUCAAGAUGCCCGGCUCGGGGAAGAGGCAGCGACCACUGGAAGAGUUCUUCCCUUCGUUCAGUUCAAACAAAAAGGCAAGGCUUUCGUCAGACGGUUCCUCAUGA